AUGACAUCCAAUGAGAAAUUUGAGAAAAUUGCAAAAGAAAUAAUGUCAUCAACAAUAAAGAAAAUAGUUAGAUUUCAAUGUAGUGAUAAACCAGCGAGUAGAUACAAUUGCAAAUUAGGUGGAACACCUUAUUUACCAAAAGGAUUUGAAUAUCCAAAAGACUUAACUACUGGGAGUCCAUUGUCUUUUAUUAUGCAAAUCAAUUUUGAAGAAUUUGAAGCAUUAGAAAAUUAUCCAACAAAAGGAAUUUUACAAUUUUAUAUUUUAAUAGAUGAUUCAGAAGAGUAUGGAAUUAAUUGUGAAGACAUAACAAAACAAGAAAAGUUUAGAGUUGUUUAUUUUGAAACAAUUGAAAAAGAUGAAUCCAAAUUACAAGAAGCACCAACCAUCGAAUGUGACGAGGAAAUUAAUCCAAUAAAAACACCUUGUUUAUUAAUUCCAGAACAUGGAGAAAUGGGAAUUUCACCUAGUUGUUAUCAAUUUAAUCAAAUUGUUGAUAAAUAUGCAAUGAAAUAUGAAAUAGAUGAAGCAGAAGAAGAAGAUAAUUUGAGUGAUUAUCUUUUUGAUUUCUUUCUUGUUGAAGAAGACAUUCAUAUU